AUGACCAAUGCAUUGUCUAUGGAUAAGGCUUUGGCUGCUGCUUGCAGUCACCCGAGUCUAGGAUUGAGAUGGGAUGACCUAUGCGUAGCAUGCACCUGUCUUUUGGGCUACACUCCGACAAAAUUUGAAUUAGCUUCCAUGUUUGGAGAUGCAGUGAUGCAAGCAGACCGAUUGCCCAUUAGUCAGAGUCAAUUCAAGCAAGUCAUGGCUACUAGAAUGUCAAAAAUAGAUCCAGAUGAAACCAUCCGACAGAUAUUCCUACUGCUCGAUACUGAAUCAAAAGGAUACAUUAACCAAGAGGAUCUAGGCAAUGGGUUGAAAAAGUGUAUUCCCCAUCAUUCUCAGUCACUGGAAGUUGGAUCCAUUCUGAGCAAACACAUAACAUCAAACCAAAGUGGAUUCAAUGUCAAAAUCACAUAUCGACAGUUUCGACAGAUUAUCGCUACAUUCACGCAAAGCAAAGAAUACCUACUCGCCCAACGAAACGGAUGCAAGAGUCAUACCACUGCUGAGCCUUUCUUUCAUGAUCCAAAAAAGGUACACAGUCUAGGCUCUCAGCUUCUUCAGCAUGCAUCUGCUCUUCCUACAAUCGAAAAGUUUGCCAUCAUUGACCAAGUCUUUCAUGCAUGCAUCGACACUGGCCACAUUGAAGAAGCUAAGGACCAUCUCACUACUAUUGAGGCUGCUUUUCCUUUUGGAAAGUCUCUUCGCACUCGUAGACUCUACGGUCUUUACCAUGAAGCCAUGUCGGAUUCCACCAAAGCCAUGGAGAUCUAUAACCUUGCCUUGGAUACCGAUGAGGCCAGUAUGCCUCUGUGGAGACAGUCUGUGGCCCGCUUAAUUUCAUCUAACCAGCGUCCUCAAGCCAUCGAGGCUCUGUCUCUUUAUGUAGAUCGCUUCAUGCAGGAUGUGGAAGGUUGGACCAUGCUUGCCAAACUGUAUGCUGACGAAGGUCGGUUUGAGCAAGCAGCAUUUUGUCUCGAAGAGGUUCUGACACUCCGUCCUCAACAUCCACUAUACAGAGUGAGGUAUGCUGGUAUUGUCUCGAGUCUCGGUAGGCUUAGUCUCGCUGUCAAGGUGUAUUCAGCUGCGUUGGUGACCUUGCCGGAUCAUGUUGGCGCAUUAUAUGGAUUGAGAACUGUUACAAAAAACAUCUUGGAUCUCGAGACUGUAUCUAAUAAGAAAUCAUCCAUGGUUCAGACUGGAUCGUAUGAAUCGGAUCCCAUCAUUCCCUUGGACAGAGUCAAGAUGCUUCAUGUAUUGGCCAAAGAGCGACUAUUGGAAUUGUAUGAAGCUCAAGGAAAAUCAGGCCAAGACAUGACUAGCAUCUUAAAGGCUUGGUUACACUCUCAAGACCAUUAA